AUGACACCAAGGUAAAACAUACAACUUUUAUUAUUCUAAUCAUCAAAAGUCUGAAAUGUUCAAAUGAUUCCCCUGGUUGUUGAAGGUCUUUACUGUUGUCUUAAUUUAUCUUUAAUUUGUUUUCAUCAGGGAAGAGAAAAUGAGUCCAGAUCAGAGAUGGCCAGAGGAGACAGCGAGCACUUUGAACCAAAAAAAUAGUAAUUUACUUUUUUAUCUUUGGAUUUACAGAGAAAACUGUUCUGCUCACUGCUGUGGUCAAUUUACUCAUGUUGUAUUUUAUUUGUCAUUUCAUUUUAGAGAGGAGAUGAAACCAGACCAGGGCACUCUCACAUUGAAAAGCACAGGAUACAGACAAACCCACAACAAGGACUGUCAAAAACAGCAAUGGAUAAAAACCAGCAGCAUCUACGCCAAAUUAUUGAGGGCCAUUCUCACAGAAACAAGGAAGGAUUUCAUGAUGAUGUUUAAUUUCUGGGCCAGUGGCACUUUGUACAGUCUACCUGAUGGCAGAACCUGUGAGGAGCGAUGGAGCAAAUUUGAAGACAUCAUGCUGGCUGAAAAAACAGAAAUUAGAAACUGUUACCCAACCAACAAAGAACCCAAGAAAACCACUGGAGCAACAACUGACAAGAGGCCAAAUGAGCAGAAAAAAACAGACAAUAAGAGGAAAAUGGCAGCAAUGAAGAAAGAAACAAACUCAGCUGUGGAUCAACUAAAAGACGGGACAGUUUUCUUCAGAGUGGAGUCAUUCUUACCAUCAACUUUGCAGGAAACCACGACUACAAAGAAAAAUAUGGUGAGUAGAAAAUCUUACAGUGAUAUCAUAUUAUAGUGUAUCUCAUUUUCAUACAUUUAUAUGUUAGUAAAUUCUGUUGGAUGUUGAGGGAAACUUGUAAAGUUCAUUUUGAGUGUGAGAAAAGUCAACACAUAAGCUGUUAUUGUCCCUCAUCAGCAAGAGAAGAAUGGACAAGAGGACACCUUCACUCUCAUAUCAAAACAGAUCAAAUUAUUACCCAUAUAUUGAUUCUCUUCUUUGUUCUUUAUGUGUCAGGCUACAUCAAAACUUGGUCUGGCUCCCUGUACAGCAAAGACGCAGGUCAUGAAGAUAAUCUCCAAAUCCAGCAACCCAUAA